AUAUACUUAAUAGUUUACAUUUGCAUAAUCAACUAAACGACUAUUUAAGAUGUCACUCUCAAAGUCUCUUCGAUCUCUCCCUGCUUCUACUAAGCAGGUCUACGACUAUGUAGUUGUUGGUGGCGGAAGUGCCGGCUGUGUAAUGGCCAAUCGCCUCUCAUCGGACCCCAAUGUGCGAGUGGCUUUACUGGAGACAGGCUCAGAUGAUAACACACCACUCAUCCGCAACCCCAGUGGGUUUUUCUGGACCGUUCCCUACAGUAAAAAGUACAACCAUCGAUACUGGACAACACCUCAGAAGAACUGUAAUGGUAGGAACAUGUUCCAGCCUCGUGGUCGCGGAGUCGGCGGCUCCUCUGCGAUUAACGCUAUGGUAUAUAUUCGUGGCUUGAAAUAUGACUUCACCAACUUAUGGGCGGAGGAAAAUAAAUGCAACGGUUGGGAAUGGGAGAAUGUGCUACCCAUUUUCAAGGAAUUGGAGAAUAAUGAUACGCUCAAAAAUAACGCUUACCACGGUAACGAAGGUCCUCUUCAUGUGCGGACCCAGAAUCACAUUGGCCCAUACAGUAAGCGCAUUGUCAAAGCAGGCAACGAGUUGGGAUGGAAAACAACCGAUGACUUUAAUGGAGCAGACCAGUCUGGAGUGGGGUAUUAUCAGUACACACAGACCAAGGGUGGGCGCUGCAGCACUGGUGUUGCCUUUCUGACCCCAGAGGUCCGAGCUCGCCCAAAUCUGGAUGUUAUUGUUGAUGCUCAUACCACAAAGGUACUCACGGAAGGCAGGCGGGCGACUGGAGUGCAUGCAGUGGUAUCAGGCAGCUCAGAUUCUGCUAACCCCGUAACAUUCGAAGCGAAAAAUGAUGUUGUCCUGUGCGGUGGUGCAUUUAACAGUCCACAGUUACUGAUGCUCUCAGGAAUUGGCCCUAAGGACCAGCUUACUAAGUAUGGAAUUGAUGUAGUACAUGAAUUGCCAGGAGUGGGUCAGAAUCUUCAGGAUCAUGCCGACAUCUGUGUGAAUGCAAAAACUUCGAGAAUAAGUAUGCCACUGCAAAUCGGGCUAACCAACCUACCAAGUCAGAUUAAGCACUUCUUCCUAGGUCUUUUCAAAAAAGAAGGAGUGUUCAUGGGAGACAAUCAAAUGGUCGGCUCAUUCUUCAAAAGCAAGCCUGACAUUCCCGCUAAUGAUAUUCAAAUGCAUGUUGCACCCUUCUACUACAAAGAUCACGGGGCCACUUUACGAUACGGUGGUGGCAUCUCGGUCAAAUCGUGCUAUAUGCGGCCCGAGUCUCGCGGGACAGUCGGUCUGAAUUCGGCUGACCCAAUGGAGGGGCCACUGAUUGACCCCAACUAUUACGAUGUGCCCGCCGACUUUGACCCCAUGGUGGCUGCAGUACGAAAAAGCAUUGAGCUGAUUCAAACCAAGACUCUAGCAGAAGAUAACCUGGUGGUCAGUGGAUUUGGCGAUAAGGAUGUUAACAACCUUACCGAUAACGACAUCAAGGAGUAUCUACGUGAAAAUACCGAAUCCAUCUACCACCCGGUAUCUACCUGUAGAAUGGGUCCAUCAUCAGAUCCUAUGGCAGUGGUUGAUCACUCCAAUGGUCUGAAAGUACACGGAAUGGAAGGACUUAGAGUGAUCGACGCCUCCGUCAUGCCUACAGUAGUAUCUGGAAAUACGAAUGCACCUACCAUGGUAAUAGCCCAGAAAGCAUACAAUCAAAUGGUUGGUCAGGAUGGAGUUGUCGAUGUCACCGAUGCACUACUAGUAGAUAAUCAAUUAUAAGUCGUGCUGACAAGACGUGGGUCGUUCUUACCACAAAUUCUUCUAACAUCCUCAAAAUACCAUUGUACCGACAUUAAUUAAAUAUUAUCAAGUAAACGCA